CAUUAUGGAAACGUUUCACCUUCUCACAAAAUAUAAUUCCCUCAGGAUUUGGAGCAGGGAGGGGUGUCCCCCUCCUCCAUCCUGUGGUAUCUCUCCAGGGAGUAUCUCUCCUGAGAAAGACAGAUUUUAUGCUGGAGAGUCGUUGCCAUAAAAUGAAUUUUGAGUUUUGAUUGAUGAAACUUAAAGAGAGUUUAGUAUGAGAGACUGCCAGACUGGCUGGGAAUCCAGAAACUUCUGCAUACAGCAGGAAUGAUAGCUAUGUUAAGAAGUUGUAUAAGACUGUCAACAGGGACAGAGUAUAUCCUGGGGAAUAUGCUAGAUAUUAACAAGCAGAGGCAACAUGGUCUAAAGGGUUUUUGGGGUCAAAUUGUUUUCUAAAGUAAAUAAAGCCACCAGUUGGAAUGUUGUGUUUUAAAGGCAGAUAUUUCUUUGUAGUAUAGCCUCCAAGCUAGAAUAGAUGUCAUAUUGUACAGUGCAGAGGCUCGUUCAGACUUGUCUCUGUACGCUGACUGACUCAAAGGAAUGUCUCCAGUCAAGCAGAGGAUAUACCAUGUUUCAGCUUUCAAUGACACUAGUCAUAAACACCAAUGAGGGUUAUUAGGAUAUGUUACAGUCAAUUGCUGCUCAUAAAAGUCACCAGAUAAAUGUCCACAUCAAUUAUUUAAAUAAUUUCUAUCUUAACAAUGGAUUCCCAUAAUCCAAUUAACUGACAUAAAGAGAAUGCACAGAGAAUACAUUUGGAUUGUAUCCAGCCGUUCCAGUGAGGGCAGUUCCAUCAAACAGACAGUGGAAAUCCAAUGGGGUUUCACACAGACUCAUUUGAAAAUACUUCAUUUGAGAAAUGGUACAUGGAACCUCCACCCACGGCAAACUCCAGCAAACACCCGUCGAACACAACCAAAAGUGUCUCAACCACAGUAACAACAACCCCUUUCUUAAACCACAGGAUGUCAACAGCUCCAGAAUCCUCUCUUCGAAAGAUGCAGACGUGAUUUGGGACCACACCAUAGGCUGUUUGUUCUUUACUUGUUUUUUUUUACCCUGAACACUCUUUUUGGUUUGAUUGUAGAUGUUUAAGUUGGUGUGUGUGUUAGACAAGAUGAGACAAUCACAGUGAGACACACCAAUCCUAUCCCCCAGUCUCCAAUCCCCCUGGUGCUCACAUUGUAGACCUGCAGGUUAGACAAGGCACCUCCAAAGGAUAAUAAUUAAGCUGGAGUGACUAUAUCUUCGAUCCAUUCUAGUUCUUUCCAGUUGAUCUGACUAAGACAACACUCUCUGUCUCCAAACAACGCUGCCCGGUGCUGACGUAGACGUGUGUUGGCUCACACCUACCUUCUGGCACUGUUAUGUUACUCAUUCAUUUCCCAACAUCUGCUCCACAAGCCCUCGAUUCCCCAAGUGCACCAUCAAUGUUUUGGAGAAUGUUAUUCUUAUCUUGAAAAAUGACUAAAUGAAUCAUUAUGGUUGUCUUAGGAUUUCUAUUGAAUUUCUUCCACAGACAGCUGUGACAUCAUUUGAUAAUCACACAUGCUCACACACACACACACACAUGCACACAACACAAACAACACCCUAACAGCCUGAUGGUAAUUGUGUGUAUCUGUCAUUUAGACAGUUCAGGACAGGAUGUGGCCAGACGGAGAACCCUGUCCCCAAUCAAAGAGGACCGGAGGGAGGAGGGGGAGGGCCCUGUCAGCCCCUUUGGUAUACGGAGGCCGUCGCUUACAAACAUGGAGGACAGACCCAUCCGGCCCGCGGUGAAGGAGAGGGAGAGGACGUUUGAGGACUUCCUGGAGGAGCAGCUGAAGGUGGAUGAAGAUGUCAGGCUAAGAGAGAAACAGGACCUGCAGGAAGCCAAGGGAAUGGCGAGGGGGCGGUACUUCCUGCGCAAAGGGGAGGGAGUGUCCAGAAUGGAGCGAAGCAAGCACAACGUCCAGAGGAGGGCCUCCCUGUCCCAGGUGCCCAGAAGGAAGUUCACCUCUGGCGGGUUGCAGCGGCGUUCCUCGGCCCCUUCCAUGUUCGACCUCCCCCUCACCUCCACGGCCAAUUUACCUGCCACGCCCCAUCCCCCAGCCCAGAAUCAGUCUCAAGAGAGGACAGCCCGAUAUGUAGCACAAGAGAUGAAACACAGGGUUAAACAGCCAGAUGUUGCUAUAGCAACAGCUAACGGGCAUCGUAAUAAACAGAAGGAUAAACAAACAGUGGUAGAUCACCAAGAAAGGAGAGCAAUGGUGAGACAAAUGUCACAAAGCACAGCCAAUGAGAACGCUGGAACUCUUUUAUGCUCCUCUGACAGAAAUGCCAGGGGUCCGAGAGGGAUCAGCGUGUCGCGGAGGGCACGGCUGGCGCGGUCAUCGUGCUCGACAUCUGCCGAGCGAGAGGAAGAGGGGGGGUCGCAGGGUCAGACUCUGCCCACUGUGAGGCGAGAAUCUGUCCAUAAACAAGCUGACUUGAAGGAGCCACAGCUGGUUCAGCAUUCUAAAAUCUCCCCCACGUCUCCUCCCAACAUCUUAGUUCCCCCUAGGGUCAAGUCCUCGGAGGAAGGAGUUGGUUUUAAGACGGUCGACGACCGCAUAGUGAGAGUCGUCGGGUCUGGGGCCGCAGAGGGUCGUCCGAGGAGCGGCUCUCGAACCAGCCACAGGGAGGUGACUAGCUCAGCUCCGAGAGCAUGGCAGGCGGUCAGAGGUCAUCCCAGGACCAGAGCAGAGAGUCUCCACUCUUCAAGUGGUCCCUCCUCCAGCGACAAAGAGGCGGAGGGUGAGGGGGGGGUGGAGGAGAUCCCCUCCCCCAAUGCCCACCAGCUUCCCUCCCCUCCGUCUCCUCCCCCUCACGCUGGGCCCGAGGACCGUGGCCUGGACCUGUCGGAGGGGGACUAUGCCAGCGACGCCCCCAGUGACGGCGGGGAGGGUCAGCUGACCAGCCAAUUGCAGACUCCGAACCAGGGACCUGCCGGUCUCCCCCUCUCCUCCUCCCUGUCCUCCAGCUCCGGCAGCGAUGAGCUUAGGGACGUCCUCUGGUCUGAGACGGCAUCACAGGACCCUCACACACUGUCAGCCUGGGGAACCUCUCCUCUGAGAACCCUGCCAGGGAACCGUCGCAGACCCACCAGGAGAGGGACCGAGCGUCUGUCUUCCUCAGAGCUCACGAGGCACGUUGACCCUGAAGGAACGUCAAGAGCCAAAGACAGAGGAAAGAACCGCCCUCUCCAAGUGUUCCAACAUGGAAUCAAAAAUAUGCCAACCCCCUGCAAAGUCACAGCAGAUAAAUAUCAUCACCCUCCACAAAAGAUGAAAAUAGAAGAGAAAACCACAGAGCGAGCGGUGCUGAAGAAGAGAGGAGAGAGGGACAGGCACACCAGCCUCGCGUGUCCUGGUUUAUCUGGGAUGGAUCAGGUGAAUUCAAGAUGGUGGACCGAUCAGUUGGACCUCAGAAAGCAGAUCCAGGCGCUGCAGGAGCAGUUCCAGAGGAGAGAGUGUGAUUGGUCGCAGGCUCACGGUCGCCUGCAGACCCAGCUGGAGACGCUGACCAGGGAGAACCUGGUGCUGAGAGACAGGCUGAAUUCCCCAGGACAGCACCCCCUGGUGGCGCGGAGGAGUCAGACCCCCAGCAACACAGCUCACACACAAGCACAGAAAACUAGACCACCGUCAUCCUCAUCCAGGGCUGUGUCAGCCAGAUCUGCAGAUCUCACCCAAACCAGAAGUGACACGCCUGCCUUCAACAGACCAGCCUAUCAGAGGAGAGCAGUGCAUUCUGCUGUAAACACGCAGCAUCAACACCCUCACAGGGAAUGGGGACCAGCCUCCACAAAGAGACUGGACUCAUACUCAGGAAGCUCAGAGGGCACACUGGCUAACUCCCCCCUUGAGACACAGACAGAUACACUUGCUAACUCCACCCCUGAAGCACACACUUACACUCACGUCGAGCACACCCCUGGGACACAUACAAACAUAGACAUAAGCGAGGAGAUACGCUAUGCAAAUAGAAAGAUUGAACAUAUCCUGUCAAAUGGCUGCCGAGUAAUCACAUUCCGGAACGGAACCAAGAAGGAGAUCUCUGCUGACAGGAAGUCUGUGACGGUCACCUUCUUCAACGGAGAUGUCAAACGCACACUGGCUGAUGGGAAAGUAGUGUACCACUAUGCUGACGCCCAGAUGACACACACCACCUACCCUACUGGUCUGGAGGUCUUGCACUUCCCCAAUGGCCAGAUAGAGAAGCACCACCCGGACGGACAGAGGGAGAUCGUGUUCCCAGACCAGACCCUCAAGUACCUCCACCCUGACGGGCGAGAGGAGAGCAUCUUCCCUGAUGGCACGCUGGUCAAGAUCUCCCAAGGAGUUAAGACGUUGGAGUUCACCAACGGGCAGAGAGAGGUCCACACCUCCCAGUUCAAGAGGAGGGAGUACCCUGACGGGACGGUCAAAACGGUCUACGUUACCGGUCGCCAGGAGACCAAGUUCCCCUCCGGCCGCGUCCGCAUUAAGGACAGAGACAGAGCCGUCAUCAUAGACAGGAAGUGAAGCAUGUCCAUCAUCACAGACAGGAAGUGAAGCAUGUCUAUCAUCACAGACAGGAAGUGAAUAAUGUCUUUUGUCAGGCUGCUGUUUGUUCUGAGGCUUUUGUGCCAAAUGAUUGAAUGAUUCUUACCAAUACAAAAGAUUCUGUUGGUUAUUUAUCUGCUGUUAGAUGUUUGAGAUGAUUGCUUUGCAUCAUAUCUUACAUGUGUCUUCAUGUUUAUCAUGUAAAGUCUAUUUUUCAAAGACAGCGCUUAAAACAUUUUUUUCUGAUAGAAUUGUACCAUUUUAUAUUGUUAAUUAAAAACUAUUUAUACUUCACAUAUAAA